AUGAUAUAUCUCUUGUUGAUUUGUUGGCUGGUAGUGAAACUUUCAAGCAAAUUGCAAUUUUCAGAUGGUUCAAUUAAAUGUUUUUGUGACAAAACAAAUUGUGAGGAUUCAUUAAUAUGCACAGGAGACAUAUGCCUAAUAGGAUUUCGAAAUGAAGGGAGUGAUUCAAGAAUUGAUCAACUUUGCGGUACUGAUGAUGCAAAAGAACUGCAAAAAUGUGAGCAAAAUUGGAAAGGAUGGCAAGAGAUAUGUGCUUGCAGCGAAAAUUUCUGUAAUACAUUUACUUAUCUACGAAGUGCUAUUGAUCAACAGAAUGCACGAAAGGACCAUUCUCUACAAAAAACUUCCUUCGAGGUAGAUGCUGGAAGGAAUCCCGUCAGCAUUUAUCCACAGGUUUAUCAUAGCAAUAAUCUUAUUAUAUUACUUGUUAUUAUUCCAUUAUCAGUUGGCAGUCUAGCGGUGUGCCUUAUCUUCAUCAAUUAUCACUGCAAAAUGUGUUGA